UGCUGGGAGCCUGGUGACGCCGCAAGAUGCUUUGAUAAGCAGUACGAACACAAGGGCAGGUGCUGCAACCGGUGUCAGCCAGGGCAAAAGCUGGUCUCCGAAUGCAAUGUCACAGAAGACUCUGUCUGCAUCGGCUGUGAGAGCGGACACUAUCAGCAGAGCUGGACCAAGGAGAGGCACUGUGCCCCCCACGAUAUCUGUGAAAACAAUGCUGGCCUCAUCGUGAAGACGCAAGGCAACGCAACACACAACACGGUGUGCCAGUGCCAGGCCGGCACGCACUGCUCUGACACCAGCUGCCAGACCUGUGUGGAGAACCAGCCCUGCCAGCGCGGCUUCGGCUUUGUGGCAGCCAAGGCCGUGGCCCGGAUAUCAUCCCCCUGCGAGCCCUGUGCAGAAGGCACCUUCUCCAAUGUCACUUCUAAAACUGAGCCAUGCCAUCCCUGGACAAGCUGUGAGGAAAAGGGGCUGGUGGUGAAGGCAAAAGGGACGAACACCUCGGACGUGAUCUGUGAGUUGGGCAGGCGCUCCUCGCUGUCAGUGCUGAUCCCCAUCACAGCCGCCGUCAUCACGUGCCUCGUGGGCAUCUGCAUCUACUGCCUGGUCCACACAG